AUGAUUUCAAUGAGCGGCGAUCAACCAAUGGAAUCAUCGAUGAGUAGUGCCACAUCAAUGGCAUUCCGGAACUGGCAGAUGUCAAACAAUAUCGAAUCUUUAGGAACGAUUUAUCAAUACGAUUCAGCUGAACAACAAGCUAUACGAGCUGUAAAACCAUGGGAAAAAGAUCCACAUUAUUUCAAAGAAAUCAAAAUUGCUGCGCUAGCCUUGCUGAAAAUGGUAAUGCAUGCAAGGAGUGGUGGUAAUUUGGAAGUGAUGGGAUUAGUGCAAGGUAAAGUGGAUGCGAAUACACUGAUCGUGGUGGACAGUUUUGCUUUACCGGUAGAAGGUACUGAAACACGGGUAAACGCUCAAGCUCAAGCCUACGAAUAUAUGACAACAUAUACAGAUAGUUCAGAAGCGGUGGGAAGGCUUCAUAAGGUCGUAGGAUGGUAUCACAGUCAUCCAGGAUAUGGAUGUUGGUUAAGCGGAAUUGAUGUAUCAACUCAGGCCCUCAAUCAACAAUUUCAGGAGCCGUUUGUAGCUAUUGUAGUUGAUCCUAUUCGAACGAUGUCAGCCGGAAAAGUGGAACUUGGUGCUUUUCGAACUUAUCCAAAAGGCUAUAAGCCUCCUGAUGAGGUUCCCUCAGAAUAUCAGUCGAUUCCCCUGAACAAAAUUGAAGAUUUUGGUGUUCACUGCAAACAGUAUUAUCCAUUGGAAGUAUCUUAUUUCAAAUCAGCUUUGGAUGCACGUCUGUUGGAUUCUUUGUGGAACACUUAUUGGGUCAGCACUUUAUCUACCAACUCGCUGAUCACAAAUUCUUCGUACAUUACUUCGCAGAUUAAUGAUCUCGCCCAGAAAUUACAGAAUGUAAGCAAGUGUAAAAGUAUUCAAGGGCCGCGUUCGUUAGAUUCAACAAUAGCAGAUAAAUUGUCGAAGAUAAUUAAAGACACAAGAAAGGUAAGUUGUGAAGUCACCCAUGGAAUGAUGGCUCAGAUGAUCAAGAAUUCACUGUUCAACCACGUUUUUUUCUCCUCUCCGGAAAUAGAUAAAACAUUAAGUGAAACUUUACACUAA